CCAUGUUGUGGUAUUAAAUGGGUAAACUCGAUCUCGAUAUUUCUGAUGAAGAAGACUUAAAUAUAAACGAAUCGUACGCUAAUAAUUACAAUCAAUGGAGAGAAAAGGAAGAACUUCAGAAAUUAAAAGAUCGUUACGGCAAUCCUUCAGAAAAUGAAACAUCCUCUGAAACAGAAGAUGACUGUGCCACACAAUUGACUCCACAAGUUGACGAGGAAUGGAUGAGACUUUAUGCAACUGCCAAGUUUUCCACAGCAGAACUCUACAACAAAGACCUUAAGUUUUUCGAAAAACAAAAAAGUGAAGGAAAUGAACAUAAACCCACCAAAAAACGUGAAAAGCCCCUGCUUUUCAAAGAUUACGAAAGAAGGCGUAUUUUGAAGGGAGAAGAACCUCAAGAUGCUUACAUGACGGAAAUAGUGCCUGGAUCCUAUGAAUCCUUAAGAGACUAUUGGCAGUCCGAAAAAAUAUCUGAAAAUGAUAAAUUUUUGAGAGAUUAUUUGCUUAAUCGAAAGUAUCUCGUGGAUGAGGAUGACAAUGAUACUGAAUAUAAACUAAAUUCUUCUGACUCUGAUUCCGCUGAGGAGGAUAAGCAAGAUGAAUUCGAGAAAAAUUAUAACUUCAGGUUUGAAGAACCAGACGGUUGUCAGAUUAAAUCUUAUCCACGGAAAAUCACCGAUUCUGUCCGUCCUGUGGAUCACCGUCGAAGUGAAGCCCGUUUGAAAGCAAAGGAGAGGAAAGAAACAAGGGAAAAUAAGAAAAGAGAAGAAUUAAAACGACUCAGAAGUCUUCAGCGGAAAGAAGAAGCUGCGAAAGUAUCCAAAUUAAGGUCUCUCAGUGGAAAUCAGAAUUUUGACACGAGUCAUGUGUUUGGAGAUUUUGAUCCAGAAGAACAUGACCAACAAGAAAUUUUUGGUGAUAAUUUCUAUAAUAUUCCUUUCAAAGAAAAAAAACCAAAAUUUUCUUCUUCUGAAGAUGAAGCGUUAGAAAAUUUACAGAGCAAACGGGCACUUCGUAGAGAAGCUGUUAAAACUCGAAUGAUGGUCCCUGAGGAUAUAAUUCCUCCACCUCCAAAUAGAUUUUCUUAUAGAAAUGUUUCGGAAUGUGAUUUCGGUCUAUCACUCGAAGAAAUUCUCAAUGCGGAUUAUAAAGAGUUGAAUCAGUGGGUUUCCUUAAAGAAGAUGGUUCAGUAUAGGACUGAUGAAGAGGAGUAUAAUGAUAAGAAGAUGUACGAGAAACGACGGAAAAAACAUAAGCUGAAGCGACAUAUAUUUAAGUCAUUGAAAGGGAUUGAACAGAAUCAAGAAGUUGAUGAUGCUGUUGGAAAUGGCCAACAUGAUUCCACUAUUGAUGCUUCUCUGGUCAAGAAUGAGUCAAAUAAUGCUGAAAAGAAUAUGAAAACAAAAAGAAAGAUCAGUAAUAAUGGUGGGUUGAAUGAUGACCGUCUAUUUGCUUAUGGCUUUGAUCCUAAGAAGUUUCGACAUAUACAGAAUGCUAAAAAACGGAAAAAAUCUUACCACGGUAGAGAGGUCGAUACAAAUUAA